UGCUAUUUUUGAAUUUGAAUCUUCUCUAUAUAUUUUUUACGGUAGUAAUAAUCCAAAACGCAUAUGAUUUUUUAUUUUUGGAUAAAAUUCUUAUCUUCAUCAUGACCGAUAAAAUGAUCAUAAAUUUAUUUCGAAAUCGGUCAUACACUUGUAAUUGAGUAUUGAGCUAAAAUUUUCUCCGUUACUUUCUCUUUGAUUUACUCUAAGACUUUUGUAAUAAUUUAUGAUAAUUAUAUAAACUUACCAUUCGUAGUUAUUUCUGCAGCAGCGAGACCAAGAAUUGCGAUGUUAUCCGAAAUUUCAGCUUCUUUUUUCACAUGAAUUUCACUACCAAUCGCACAAUAAUGUUCGCGGGAUUUCACGGCAAAACGAACUAACGUAUGUAAUUCAAAUUACAAAUAGAGUCAAAUCACGCAAGUGUAGUCGUUCAAAUUUGAAAUCAAUCAAAUGUAUUGUUAUUUCAUAUAUAUUUUAUAAUUUAAUUAAUUAAAUUCUUCAGUUAAAUAAACAUUUCUAAUACAAUUAUUUUUGUUAAACAAUCGCUGUAUUAAAUCCAACUUUUGAAUAGAAAAUUUAUAAUUACAUGAAUUUAUAUACACAAAUAUACCGGAAGUUGAAAUUAUACAAGUUACUUAUUACUUGUGAAUAAAAACUAAAACGUCAUCACAUUUUUAUCUUACGUCUUAACGAUAAAACCAAGUACGUAAUAAUCAACAUAGAAAAUGAAAGAUUUAAUAAUUCUGGUGAAUCGUUUGUCAAUCUAAAACUCUAUUUUUUUCAUAAUCGAUCGAGUAAUUGAUUUGACACACAACAAAUUGAAAGCUGUCACGAACGCCAACGGAGAAAGGAGAAAGAAGUGAAGGGACGUGUCCUAAUUAGUUUUAAUCUGUUCGAUUAAUUAAGGUUUCGAGUGAAUACAAUUGAAUCGGUGUGGCGACUUGGUAGUAGAAAUUUAAAUUUAAAGCGGAGUUUCUCAUCUAUAUGUUACCCGCUUGCCUUGGUAGUAGAGCGUGAUAACUUGUGCUUUGGCGCAUGCGGCUCGCAGCCAUACCCGUGCUCGUACCUGUCAUGGAUUCCAAGGAUCGACCGCGAGCGCAGGCACGCGUGAUCACACGAUUUCAUGCGUGAAAAUCAACGAUACAUCGAGAGAUUCGUGUAUAAGAGUAAUGCACGAUUAUGAACCGGUGGUAAAGUGGUGAUAUCUCAUUGCUCUAAGUGUUGGCGCCGCGUAAACAACCGUCUCAAGAUGAACCCUCUCGAUACGGGUUACGGGCCUUCUGUCACACGGAGCACAGAUAUUGUUACACCGUGGUCGUGUAUUGUAUACGCCACGUCUUCGAGGUCUCGUGGCGAUUCUCACCGAGCAGUUUUAUGGGUACCGCUAUUUUUAGUACAUACCGUAAACCUGCAGCUCUGGCAUAAACGAAGGAGGAGCAGGUGGUAGCAAUCGCGCUGGAGCUUUAAGAACCUAGGGGUGGAGGCUGGAGAACGCAUUUCCCGUCGGAUACUUGGAUCAGCCGAAGAAGGAGGAUCGCUUUCGAGGAAGCUUUCGUGCAACCUGUGCACGUUCUCCUUCUUCGUCAGUAACAGCAAGAAAGACUUAAAAGAGGACGGUGAGGAUGAGGCAAGUAGUGGUAUUGGAGCCGGCUGGCAGUGUUCUGGUGAUCAGACAAACUUCCCUCGGUAGUAACGUUGCUACUAGUAACACCAAUUCCAAUGCUGGAUCCAAUAACGCUCACGAGACCCAUGGGCUCGCCAAUCACGCUGCUGUGUCCACGAUUGCCUCCAAUGAUCACAAUCAGAAUCGUAUCGUCGUCGUGCGCUCAUCCUCCUCGACCUGCAUGACCACCACGGCUGACAAUCAUUCAUCCGCGAACGGUAACAACAUCAACAUUAACGGGAACCUGAACGGAAAUUCCGGGGCAAUCGGUAGCAAAGCAUCGACAAAGGUCGUGGUUGGUAGCGGAGGUUCCAAAGCGAACGAGAGAAACGAUCAUCUUAGGAACGAUCACAAGAGCCAAGACGGGAUCGGUACCGGUGAAUCGAACUCUGGAUGUCGUCCAAGGACGAGCAAGGAAGCCGCUCACGAGAACGUCUCCUUAGACAGGAAACUCGAUGGCGCGGAUCCCAUCUCCGAUGGAGAUCCGAUAAAACUUCCGGAGAAUUUGGAGACCUUGCCACGAGCUGAACAUUUUCCAACUCAGAGGCACCGAUGGAACACCAACGAGGAAAUUGCUGCCAUCUUGAUCAGUUUCCAAAGACACGCGGAAUGGCAAAGUCGGGAGGUAAAGGUACGACCUCGAAGUGGUUCGAUGUUACUGUACUCGAGAAAGAAAGUCCGUUACCGGCGGGACGGUUAUUGCUGGAAGAAACGGAAAGAUGGUAAAACUACACGAGAGGAUCACAUGAAACUGAAGGUACAGGGAGUCGAGUGUAUCUAUGGCUGUUAUGUGCACUCGGCGAUCCUCCCGACGUUUCAUCGGCGAUGUUAUUGGCUACUACAGAAUCCAGACGUCGUCCUCGUUCACUACUUAAACGUUCCUUACCCGGACGGUGAUGCAAAGCUCGCGGCGCUGCCACCGUGUCUCGCACUGCCGCCAGACAAGAAGGAGUGGACGCGAGACGAGCUGGCUUCCCAGCUUCGACCCAUGUUCCUCGGUGGAGAUGACGAUCCUAAUAAUCCCCAUCUUACACAACACUCGAAUCAUCCCGUCGACAUGAUAGUUUCUCAAUUAUUGGACAGACAGAGAGCAUCUUCCACUUCUUCUACCACUAGCACUCAGCUUGCACCUAGGAGACUAACACCGGACAAUCAGGUUUCUUCGACUACCGGAGGUCAGCAAUCGUCAACAACAGCCUCACCGGCUCCUCGCGUAUACUCAAGACAUUCCCACACGGCUCAAAGCCAACAACCGGCUCCUCUAGUUUUAAGUUUGCAACAAAUCCAAGGUGGUGGCGGUCUUCUAAUUCUCAACAGCCAACCGUAUCACCAUCAACAACAACAACAACAACAGCAGCAGCAGCAACAACAACAGCAGCAGCAGCAGCAACAACAACAACAGCAGCAGCAGCAGCAACAGCAACAACAGCAAAGUCAACAAGUGGAGAUGCAACAGGUUACGGAGCAACAAAUUGUACAGCAGACGAGCGUGGACAGAGAACAACAGACCCAACAGGAAAUAGACGCCCAAGAAAGUAUGGAUCGUUCUGCGGUACAAUCGUUGCCAAUCGGUGGCACAGGUCCCGAGGUCACCGACUUCGCCGAGACCUUGGACCUCAGUCAAGAGGAUAUUCAGCGAACGUUAUCCGCCAACAUGGUUCCACCGUCUCCGUCGCCUUCUCCGGCAGACAACAGCAUGAUCAAUCCAAUGGAUUUCAUCGAUUCGUCGGACGAUGUUCUAGUUAAUUUAGACGCGUUUGACGUGUUCGGUGACCUACCCGAGCUUCACGAUUUCGAAGCUGAACAAACUAAGGCUGAAGAAAGAGGCGGAUCUGAUAAUGACGUGGGAUGUCAUCCUGGAACAACCGUCCAUAUUGCGGAGUAUAGUCCGGAGUGGAGUUACACCGAGGGUGGUGUGAAGGUAUUGGUCGCUGGUCCGUGGACUGGUGGGAGUAAUUCUCAAUCUUAUUCGGUGUUGUUCGAUGCGGAGCCGGUUGAAGCGUGUUUGGUACAACCAGGAGUGUUACGGUGUCGUUGCCCAGCCCAUGCUCCGGGAAUAGCGUCUCUUCAAGUGGCGUGUGACGGCUUCGUUGUUUCCGAUAGCGUUGCUUUCGAGUAUCGUCGGGCACCGACAUCCGAGCCUAGUCCGGAACGAGCUCUUCUGGAUCGUUUGGCGGAUGUGGAGUCCCGUUUGCAAGGACCUGGCCCUCCAUCUCCCGCAGCUCAUCUGGAAGAGCGGCUAGUGGCAUAUUGUCAAGAUGCUGUUGUCCGUCCGUGGCGAGCCGGAGCGGAACCAUUACAAUCCGGCGGCCCUACUCUCCUACAUUUGGCCGCUGGGUUGGGCUACUCCAGGUUAGCCUGCGCCCUCCUACACUGGAGAGCGGAAAAUCCUAGUAGCGUAUUAGAUGCUGAAGUUGAUGCCCUGAGGCAGGAUAGCGCCGGUCUCACACCACUUGCUUGGGCUUGUGCAGCGGGGCACGCGGAUACAGCCAGGAUCCUCUAUAGAUGGAACGCAAUGGCACUUCGCGUGAGGGAUUGUCAGAACAGAACCGCGACCGAGUUAGCGGCGGAGAACGGUCACACGGCGAUUGCAGAAGAAUUGAAUCGACUCGAAGCGAGAAGACAAGACGAGAGGCUUUUCUUGCGACCCGCCAGCCCUAGUCCUAGGAGGCCAUCUCAAGACAGCGGUCUCGAUCUUGCGUUGUGUGGCUCGCCGCUGCUGGACAACAUGGAAUUGUUGCAAGAGGAUGACUCGUCAUUAGCCCUCAGCGAGCAGGGAAUGGAAAGCGCUCCGACCCCUCAGGAGACUGUAGGGGAAGAAGACGCGAGGGUGCUGACAUUGGCUGAGCAAAUUAUAGCUGCGCUACCGGAAAGGAUCAAGAGAGCGGAAGGUGAUUCUCCGUCUUCUUCCUCACCACCUCCCCCGGCACCGCCCUUGUCAUCUCUAGAAGAUGCUCUGAUGGAGCAAAUGCCGCUCGAUUCUGGAGAAUUGUUCGACUCGUAUCGUGAGUGCAGUGGAGGAGCGGCAUCAGUCUCGGAUGCUGACGCAGAUGCUAGUCCCUCGAGUCCAUCUAGCAGUUGUCUCACACCGGACUCGCCAUCUCCACCGCCUACGACGGCCGACUUCUGUGAAUUCUUACAGCUGCAGUUGCAGCUUGACGGAAAUAACGGUCAUAACGGCCAGUACUAUUCGACCGGUGGAGAUCGGAAGUUCGGUAGCGUGAUGGGCUCUGGAAUUUGCGGAACAGUGACAGGUGGAAGUAACGGAAACGGUGACGGGAACGAAGCGGAUCUGAGCAGGCUUACUCUGUCCGAUCGUGAACAAAGAGAGCUUUAUCACGCCGCUAGAAUGAUCCAGAAAGCCUACAGAAAUUACAAGGGACGUCAAAGGCAGGAAGAAGCGGAGAGGCACGCUGCAGUACUCAUCCAACAAUAUUAUCGUCGACAUAAACAGUACGCUUAUUUUAGACAAGCUACGAAGGCUGCUCUGGUGAUACAAAGCAACUACAGGAAUUAUCGCUCGCGUCCAGGCUCGGCUAGCUCCAGACAGCAAGCGGUUCAUCAGCAGGCCGCCCAUCAGGCUGCGAGGAAGAUCCAGCAGUUCAUGCGACAGUCGAAGAUCAAGCUGCAGAACGCCAGGGCCGCCGCAAACGGGAACGGGAGGCCGCCAGCGGGCAUUUUACGGGCGGUUGCUGUCCCCCAAAGCUCGCCCUCAUCUAGCCCAGGGGCCAGCCUAGUAGCCGCCAACCAAGAGGUCACUUAAUCGACUGUCGAUCGAACAGCACACAGAACGGUGAUGAUACAUCGGAAGCAAAGUAAUAGAGCCUAGCCACUCAAUAAUGGUCGUCAUGGGGUACGCUACGACGGAUAAAUCGUCGAGGUUCGCCAAGGUUCCAGGAACAAAAUAGUCCAAGAAGCCUUUGACGACCGAUCACGACACGGACACGCUUUGCUCUCUACAUCCUUGAUUAAUAACGUACCUGCCUUUUUGAUCUAAACAUCAAUUUCCACCUUUCGCAUCUUUGACCCACAGUUCAGCCGAAGGAUCGUGACAUCAUCACCUGAAUCCACUUUAUUCAUUUCUCGCUUCAGUUUAUUCGACGCUGCCGUUUAUGCCUAUUUCCUGCAUUUGUUUCUUCGGUCGACCUUGACGAUAAGUGGUAUCAGAGGUAGGUGGUCUAUCAUGGUCUCUCUAGCACGCGUACACGAGACGUUGUACACGUGCAAGGCGAUUCAAGCAUAAUAGAUAAUGCAUUAAUUUAUUUAAAAUCGUAUUAAGAAUCGCAUCGGUCGAAGCAUGUUCGUAGAAUUGCAACGUUGCCCUCGCUUGAGGCAUCAAUUGUAUCAAAUACCUUUUACGACUGAGAAUACGAAAGAGGCUAUGUUUUUUGCUGAAACCUUUUUAAGAACGACUAUACUUUGCAUUGAUUUUUGGCACACUGUAUAGAUAGUUUUCUUCAUACUCUUUUUGUUAUCCUUGCAAGUCUGUGGCACCGUACAUUGAACGAGCCGUUCUAGAGGUUCAUUAUUUUCGCGUUGCGUGUCCGUCGAAGUGUUUCACGCGACAAUAGUGUAAUAGCUUAUAUACGUUGUUGUUCGUUUCCUUUUUUUUUCUUCUUUUUUUUUUACUUUACGUACUAUUUACGUAAAUGGUACAAGACUCGAUAUAGACAACGACGAGGAGAGAACAGUAUUGAUAAGAGGCUCUUGGACACGUCGUUGAAGAAGAACUUUCUUUUUUCCCUUCUUUUCUGUCUUUUUGUACGAUUUACAUAUUUGUGAAGUUUAAUUUAUGUUUUUACAUAUUAAUCUCGGAGUGAGAAAGCAUAUGUGUAUUAAGUAUUUUACGCAGCGCGUUAUUUUCAACUACCAAAGUACGAAUGACGUUCGAUUUGCUUGUUUUUGUUUCAAUAUUUAAGUAUUUAUCGUUGAAAAGAAGGAUGAAAAAGGCGAUCGAGAUCCGACGCGCAAGUCUUUUUAUUCGUUGCUGUCGUACAUCGAACGCUAUUUUUUUUAUUUGUUCCUCGCUAUAACACAGCUUUACGCGAAAUCGAAUUUUUUGAAUCAAAGUGACUCGAAUCUCGCGACGUUUUUUCAUAUUUCCUUUUUCUUUUCUACCUUUUCUCUUUUUCUUCUUUCUUUUUUUUUUUUUUUAAAUACGAUCGAGCAUGAUGCGAAUGUUUCAUUGCCGUAAUAACACGGUGCAAUAUCUGUUGUACGUGAACGUUCAGGAGAUAUUGAUACUGCAUAAUAUUCGAAUUAGGUGGCAGCAAUGAUCUCUUCCUUGCACGAUACAAUUUUUCUUUGUCGCUUUUAAACAAGAAAGGCAAUACAAUUCAGGUCGAUGAACAAGAAGCAUCUUAUUUUCGGAGAAAUCUGGUAUAUCUGAGACCUAGGAAGAGAGAGAAAGAGAGCAUGGACGAGUGAGCGUGUGAACAAAAAAGGCUGCUAGAGAAAAUUAAAGAGAACUAGAGAGAGAGAGAGAGAGCGCGCGAGAGAGCGAGAGAGAGAGAGAGAGAGCAAGAGAGAAAGAGAGAGAGAGAGAGAGUUUAAAGAAACAAGUAAAAAGUAAAAGUAACAAAAAAGAAAAAACAUAAAAAAAUCAAGAGCCCUUUCUCUAUUUAAACGGGGGGGCACUUCAUCCACGGGCUGUGCUUAAAGUCACAGUAUAAUCAACUUCGUAGAAUUAUAUUAGGGUAAGAUAGUCGAUUACAUUGUUACAAAACUACCUACCGUUUCUCUCUCCAGUAGGGGAUUUUUUUAAAGGUUCUUUAGAUAAAGAAAGAAUAAAAAUUAAAAAAUAGAGGUAAAUUAAGGCGUAGCGAGGCGGAAUAUAUGCGCACGGGGGCACAGCCGUGGUACCCGCGUUCAAAUUGAUUUAAGAAGACAAAAAUCUAUUGUGAUAAAUUAAUGGUGAUCCAAGAAAGUAUUUCCGCAGAAAAUACUAAAGAAAAAAAAGUUACGCAAAAAAUCGAACGUCUCAACGUCCAUUGGGGACGCGAGUCGCCGAGACGCAAAAAAAAAAAAGAUAGACAGACAGACAGACAAAUCCAUUAUGGUGGGUCGAGAUUACGCCGUCAGAUUUGUCGGGAGAAUCUGUUGAUAGAUGGACCGAUUGAUCCUCGUCUUCGAUUUAUAAGAAUAAAGAAAAAAAAAAAGUAAAGAAAUCCUGUGUUGAUCCUCCGGUGUUUAAGACAAGCUAUGAGGUUUUUGUAGCGAGGUUAAAUAAUUGUGCGGAGCGCGAAUGGAAAAGAGAGAAGAAAAAUGAAUUAUGAUAAACUGUACACACGAGUCAAUUCCAACGAGCAUUUUCAUGCCAUUAAGCUUAAAGAAUUAUUAGUUGAUAAUGAAAACAAAAAAGAAAAAAAAAUAAUGAUGAGAGGGAAGGAUGCGAAUGGAAGAAGAGAAAGAAAGAGAAUAACAAAUUCUUACACUCUUUUAAUCAUUGUUAAUUAAUUAAUUAAUUAAUUAAUCACGAUCCUAUCGAUACUUAAAAUGAGACGAGUAAAAUAAUAAUUAUUAUUAUAUACACAAAACUAUUAUUAUAUUCAUAUUUUUGCUUAUUACAUAUUUAAGAAACUAUUAAACGAGGGCUAGCGAGUAUGUAGUGCAUUACAAGACAAACAAAAAAAAAAAAAGUCGAUUAAAACGAAAAAGAACGGGGGAGCGUGGCCGAUGACGAAAGAAAAGGAAAUCUCACCUUAGGAAUAUUUUUAGUCUGUCGGGCUUGUACAACUUUGUGCGUGGCAAUCAACUUUCGAAUUUUACGAUAAAAAUUUCUGACUUUUUGAGAAAGCGAAAAUAAGCAAAAAGAAAAAAAUAGAAAAGAGAGGAAUUAGAGCUCCGUGCACACACGCCGAAAUAAACGGAUUUUUUUCGAGAGUUUCCCAGACGGUGGCCCGAUCUUCAAAUACGGCGGUUACGUCGCUUUUCCGACAUUCGAGAACGAACGAACAAAAAGAAAAAAAAAGACACAAAAGAAGAUAAAAAGAAAUAAAAAAGUAUAAAAUAUUUGCACACAGUAUUUUUCAGUCGCGAUUAAGAAAAGUUCCCAGAUGGAAAAGCCGGCGCCGCGGACGAAAUAUUUCAGAGUUCCCCAUUAUUACUCUAGAAUCGCGUUAAAUUACCACGUACACCAAGAUUAUAUCGAGGUAUGGAGAACAGCGAGAUUAAAAAGAAAAAAAUGAGAAAAUGCUAAAAAAUAAUAUUAAUUAAAAGACAUCGCUAGGGUAGGCGCUUCGAGGAUACAUAAACUUUAAAAGUCACUUAAUAAAAAUUAUUCUCAAAAUAUAAAAGUUUAAUAAGUAAACAAAUUUUUAAAUCUACGUAAGAAAGCCAAGAGUCAAAGACGACUAGAUGAUAGGAGCCGCAUGGCCUAACUGCUGCCACUUUAAUUAAUUAUAUAAAUAAUUAAUUAUAACUUUAUUACUACUUAAUUAAACUCGAUACAGAUGAGAAAAUAUGUCAUGCCACUUUUCAAACUAAACUUUCUAGAUGCAGAGACGAAUCAGUAGGUAUAGAGGAACUAUUAAAGCAAGAAAAAAAAAAAACUUCUCCUUUGAUUGGGAAUGAUUGAUUCGCGCUAUAGAUUCGAAUAUUUCCAAUUGUCCAGUCUCCAGAAAAUCGCACGAGAUAUAUACGCGUGUAAGAUGCCUCGUUAUAAACCAGCACGACCGAGAAUCAUCUAUCAAUUGGCGUUUCAAAUUACACAGGCACGUGAUUAUCCUCGAAGAGAUAAAAACAUUCAUUUUCUUAACGAGUAAACAAGUUCUAUCGGCGACACGCAACAUUCUGAAUCUAUCAGGAAACAAAGGAAUAUGCACGUUACGAGUAACAUCACGAAGAAAAGAUAUUGUACAAAAAAAAAAAAGUUUUGCGGAAAGAUGUAUGUCCACGCGUUUUUAACGAGAUGCGACACCUUCGAUCUUGACGUCAUGUUGGUGUAUCACGGGUCAUCCUGUAGGACGUUUGUAUCACGAUGUCGAAAAGGUCGAAACGAUCGGAUAUCGGUGCCUAGCUCAUGUUCUACUCACUGUUCCUUGAUUAAGACGGUCACUUUGUACCUGCUUGCUGCCUGCCUGGCCCGUGCGUUACAUAAACAUAUUUCUAGUCUUAUCGAGGUAUCAACCCUCUGUAUUUUACUCGAUAAUAACGUCCAAGCAUGUCGCGUACUUUCGUUGUGAUAAUCCGGCGGCGUGGCGUUGUUGCGACGUUCCGCGCCGUCUAUGCGGUUUUUCUAUACGGAUAUCGAGGAAGCGUAACGCCGAUUAAUUAAUUUGUUAAAUCCCAUUCGAUUUCGCGAAGAGCGACUAUCCCGGAAGGUUGAUGGUUUCGACAGCUGUUUCGACAUCUACAUCCAGCCGACGUUUACUCACGUUCGAAAAUUCACGAAAGCUGAUUUUCUUGGAUACUUAUCAUUUGCCGUGGAACGAUGGCAGUAAAGGUUUCUUGAACGAAUAUCGAUCGUCGACACACGUGGUCAAACACGGUUUCAAGGGGAUCUGUCUGAUCGCGUGAAUUUUGGAACGAUGGCUGCAAUAAUUUAAACAAGUUCGUGCUACUUUUAGUGGAAACGAAUAAUGGUAAAGGCUCCAUCUCUUGUAAUAUUUUUAUUAUCGCAAACGUAAUAUUACAUUAUUAAAUUAUAUUAAAUAAAGGAUUA